CCGCCGGGCGAUCGCGCGAUGGCGGCGCUGGCGGCCGUGGCCAAGAAGGUGUGGAGCGCGCGGCGGCUGCUGGUGCUGCUGCUCACGCCGCUCGCGCUGCUGCCGGUGCUCUUCGCCCUCCCGCCCAAGGAAGGUCGCUGCCUGUUUGUCAUCCUGCUCAUGGCUGUGUACUGGUGCUCCGAGGCGCUGCCCCUCUCAGUGACGGCCCUGCUGCCCAUCAUUCUCUUCCCCUUCCUGGGCAUCCUGCCCUCCCACAAGGUCUGUCCCCAGUACUUCCUGGACACCAACUUCCUCUUUCUCAGCGGCCUGAUCAUGGCCAGUGCCAUUGAGGAGUGGAACCUGCACCGGAGAAUUGCCCUGAAGAUUCUGAUGCUUGUCGGGGUCCAGCCAGCCAGGCUCAUCCUGGGGAUGAUGGUGACCACCUCCUUCCUGUCAAUGUGGCUGAGCAACACUGCCUCCACCGCCAUGAUGCUGCCCAUCGCCAGUGCCAUUCUGAAGAGUCUCUUUGGCUCCAAGGAGACUCAGAAGGACCCCAGCAGGGAGAGUGAAGAGCACACAGCUGCUGUGCGGAGAAAUGGCCUGCACACUGUGCCCACGGAGAUGCAGUUUCUUGCCAGCACAGAAGACAAAGACUGUCCCGAGGAGGUGGAAGCGCCUUUGGAUCUUCCAGCUGACUCUAAGAAGGAGGAGGAAUAUCGCAGCAACAUCUGGAAGGGCUUCCUCAUCUCCAUCCCCUACUCUGCCAGCAUCGGGGGCACCGCCACCCUCACGGGCACAGCCCCCAACCUCAUCCUGCUUGGCCAGCUCAAGAGCUUCUUCCCGCAGUGUGACGUGGUGAAUUUCGGCUCCUGGUUCAUUUUCGCCUUCCCGCUCAUGCUGCUGUUCCUGCUGGUGGGCUGGCUCUGGAUCUCCUUCCUGUAUGGGGGGAUCAGCCUCAGGGGCUGGAGGAAGAAGUCUGAGAUCAGAACUGAUGCAGAAAAUAGGGCUCGAGCAGUGAUUCGAGAGGAAUUCCAGAAUCUGGGGCCCAUCAAGUUUGCUGAGCAGGCCGUUUUCAUCCUUUUCUGCAUGUUCGCCAUCCUCCUCUUCUCCCGGGACCCGAAGUUCAUCCCUGGCUGGGCCAGCUUCUUCACCCCUGGGUUUCUUUCUGAUGCUGUCACCGGCGUGGCCAUUGUCACCAUUUUGUUCUUCUUCCCGUCUCAAAGGCCCUCCUUCAAGUGGUGGUUUGACUUUAAAGCUCCCAACACAGAGACAGAGCCAUUGCUGACGUGGAAGAAGGCCCAGGACACGGUGCCCUGGAACAUCAUUCUCCUCCUGGGAGGGGGCUUCGCCAUGGCCAAAGGCUGUGAGGAGUCGGGAUUGUCUGCGUGGAUCGGGGGGCAGCUGCACCCGCUGGAGAACGUGCCCCCUGUGCUGGCCGUGCUGCUCAUUACCGUGGUGAUCGCCUUCUUCACUGAAUUUGCCAGCAACACGGCCACUAUCAUCAUCUUCCUGCCCGUCCUGGCGGAGCUGGCCAUCCGCCUGAGAGUGCACCCCCUCUAUUUGAUGAUUCCUGGCACCGUGGGCUGCUCCUAUGCCUUCAUGCUCCCAGUCUCGACGCCCCCCAACUCAAUUGCCUUCGCCUCUGGACACUUGCUGGUGAAAGACAUGGUGCGGACGGGCCUCCUGAUGAACCUGAUGGGCGUCCUGCUGCUCAGCUUGGCCAUAAAUACUUGGGCACAGACCAUCUUCCAGCUGGGUACCUUCCCAGACUGGGCCGACAGCCACUCGGUCAAUGUCACAGCACUGCCAUCCACCUUGGCCAACGACACCUUUCGGACCCUCUGAGUCCCCCUUGGGGACACACUUUGGGCUGGGCCCUCCCAAAGGCCUUCGCCAUCAGCUGCUGCUGGGACCCCACGGGACGGUCGGGCGGUCCUCUCUCUCAUCCAGUUUGCGGCAAAAGAGGGUGACCUCCAGGGCUCCACUUGGGCCCACAUUUUCACUAUCUGGGGCACCUUCUCCUUCUCUCUUGAGGUUCAGGCCCCAGACGUCUCCCAGACCUGCCACGCGAGAGACAAGCUCCUUUGUCUCUGAGCUGUUGUGUGGUUAGGAUGCCAUUUCAGACACAAUAAGCAAAUCUGUGAUGACAUUUGUCUGGAUGGUUGGAAUGGGGGGAGCCGUCCUAGGGGCACAGCUAACAUCCCCCACAGCCAAUACCCCACCAGGGUACCCUCUGGAGAGACCGCCUUCCUCAGAGGGUGUUGGCAGCUGCAGUGCUGCAGUCCAGCUGUUCCAGCUGUUCACAGCCGGGGUUUGUGCUGCUUAGUUGGUGCCCACUGGUAUUUGACUGUUAUCCCUGCUGACACGCAGCAGCCAGAGCUACUUGCAAUCCUGAGACAGGAAGUGACAGAUGACUCCCCAAAGCUAUGGGGACCAGGCAGAGGCUCCUUGCUGUUUCUCUGCACUCCCGAGCACACCGGGGAGUUCUCCAAACCCCAGCUGACACCUCUAUUCACGCUUUUAGGAUUUUUCCAUUUAAUCUGAUUCCGUUUGGCCAUAAUGCUGGAACCAGGCCAGGAUCCUUCUGCCGUGGGGAUCUCUGUGGCUGCCAGCUGCCUCUGGUUCCAGUGGCUGGUCUUCGCCUCCCCAGGCCUCCCCCAGGGGGAAGCAUGUUAGAUUCUCAAAGGCACAUUUUUCAGAUGUGGGAGAAAAGUCAAAAGCCAAAUUGGGGCCUUAUAAAUGUCUCAAGCAGGCAAAGAUGGCAAGCGGGGACAGCCGAGGCUCCCCUGAGCCAGGGCCUGGCGGGACUGUCCCGGAGGAUGAGGUCCUUCCUGGCUUCCCGGGGGACUGCAUAGCACGGGGCCAGUGGCCCUCAGGAAGGGUCUAGCCAUUGAGGCCAGUGCGCUCAGCAUCAGAGCAGGCGCCAACUGAGGGGCCCAGCCUCAUUUCCCCUCCUAGGCCUCUGAGGGAGGAGGUUCCUGGGAGGCAGUACCCAGGCCCUGGGCUUGUUCUGGGUCUAGUACAAGUAACUGGUGAUGUUUCCCUGACAACGAGGGUGGGGGGAGGAGAAAGCAGAGGCCUCCGGUGGAAGAUGAGCCGCACUUCCUUCCCACGUGAGUACUUCAGUAUUUAGUCACUUGUUACAGCCCUUGGGAAUUGAGGGGGGCGGCCUCCUGUGGGACGGAGAAGGGAGAAGUCCAUGCACAGGGAAGCCCAUGGGACAUGUCACCAGAUGAAUUGUGAUUUCAAAUACCGAUUGAAAAUGCUAUGCAAUAAAGAAUGUUA